AUGCCUGUCCUAGAAAAAAACAUGCAGAAGAAAGAAAAAGAUAUAUGCACUAAAGAUGAGACAGCAGUGCCAAAACUUCCAGUCCCACCACUGCAACAGACCUUACACAGGUACCUACAGUGCAUGAAACACUUGGUGCCAGAGGAGCAAUUUAUAAAGACCAAGGUCAUAGUGGAGAAAUUUGGAAUUGCAGGAGGCCUGGGGGAAUCCUUGCAGGAAAUCCUUGAGGAAAGAAGGGAAAAGACAACGAACUGGGUGUUUAACUACUGGCUGGAUGACAUGUACCUCAACAACCGGCUAGCUCUCCCAGUCAAUUCCAGCCCAGCAAUUAUCUUUGCUCAUCAGUGUUUCAAGGAUGUAAAUGACCAGCUGAGGUUUGCCGCCAAUCUCAUUUCAGGAGUGCAAGACUAUAAAGCUUUACUGGACACCCAUGCUUUACCUGUUGAUUUUGCUCGUGGACAGCUGUCCGGUCAUCCUCUCUGUAUGAAGCAAUACUAUGGACUCUUUUCUUCCUAUCGUCUUCCAGGACAUACCAAAGAUACCCUCGUGGCCCAGAAAAGCAGCGUAAUGCCAGAACCAGAGCACAUCAUUGUUGCAUGUAACAAUCAGUUUUUUGUUUUGGAUGUUGUCAUUAAUUUCCGUCGACUGAGUGAAGGAGAUCUUUUCACUCAGUUACGAAAAAUAGCCAAAAUGGCAGAGAAUGAAGAGGAAAUGCUGCCUCCAAUUGGCCUGCUGACAACAGAUGGAAGAACAGAGUGGGCAGAGGCCAGGACAAUCCUUAUGAAAGACUCUACUAAUCGCGACUCUCUUGACAUGAUUGAACGGUGCAUAUGCCUGGUAUGUCUGGACAGCCCAAGCGGGGUGGAACUCAAUGAUACAAACAUGGCAUUGCAACUGCUACAUGGGGGAGGCUACCAUAAAAAUGGGGCCAAUCGUUGGUAUGACAAACCUAUGCAGUUUGUGGUAGGAAGAGAUGGAGUCUGCGGUACCGUGUGUGAACAUUCCCCUUUUGAUGGCAUCGUACUGGUGCAGUGCACUGAACACUUGCUCAAGCACAUGAAAGAAAGCUCCAAGAAAUUAGUCCGAGCUGAUUCAGUGAGCGAGCUUCCUGCUCCACGGAGAUUAAGAUGGAAAUGCUCCCCUGAAAUUCAGGCACACUUGGCAUCAUCAGCAGAAAAACUCCAAAGACUAGUACAAAAUCUGGACUUUAUCGCCUACAAGUUUGAGAACUAUGGAAAGGAAUUUAUUAAGAAACAAAAGGUUAGCCCAGAUGCUUAUAUUCAAGUAGCACUUCAGCUGGCAUUUUACAGAUGCCACAGGAGACUUGUUCCUACCUAUGAAAGUGCUUCCAUACGCCGAUUUGACGAGGGCAGAGUUGACAAUAUUAGGUCUGCUACCUUGGAAGCAUUUGCUUUUGUAAAAGCAAUGACUGAUGACAAGACAGCUCUAUCGGAUUUGGAGAAGAUGCAGAGAUUUAAGGAUGCGAUUGCAGCUCAAACUAAUUACACUAUUCUGGCUAUUACUGGAAUGGCAAUAGACAAUCAUCUAUUAGGGCUCAGAGAGGUGGCACGGGAACACUUCAAGGAACUACCAGAGAUAUUUACAGAUGAGACAUAUUUGACAAGCAAUCGAUUCAUCCUCUCAACCAGCCAGGUUCCAACUACUAUGGAAAUGUUCUGCUGCUAUGGGCCUGUGGUGCCCAAUGGUUAUGGAGCAUGUUACAACCCUCAGCCAGAGCAUAUAUUAUUUUGCAUCUCAAGCUUUAAAGAUUGUAAAGAAACCUCAUCAGACAUGUUUGCAAAAGCUGUGGAAGAGAGUCUCCUGGCAAUGAGGGAUCUGUGCAACAAAUGCAACUCUACCAUGACAAAGCCAUUUGCUAAUCAAGAAGCAGCCACACAGCUGCAGAGUGACCACAAAAUCUAGGAGGCUGUAGGAAUUAUUCUCCUGAAUUUACCUUAAGUAGAAACAAUGAUCUAGUUGUUCAAAAGCAAGAUAGUACUACUAAUAUAUUAGUGUAGAACCAAAAUGUCAUUUGUUUUGCAUUGUUGCCAACAUCUAAAACCCUGUAAGUACUAACUAUACCGCUUCUUGCUUGAGAACAAAAAAGUUCUGGUCUCACCAGCUGAAAUGGAGGAAAUAAUAAUGAGUAUGUGUUGUACUACCAUUUCUAACCAUCAUCAACUUAGGCCAUUUUAUCAGCUAAAAAA